AGGUGGUUGGUCGAUCCAAGGACGCACUGCGGAUGGUGGCUAUUUUCAGUAGUAUUGGAAUGCAUUCCGUCCCUGAGAUGUAGCACUACUGCACUAGUAGUAUAUUCUGCAAGUUGUGACGCGCGCUACAGCCUACCGCAGCCGCUCCGGCUUAAAUAGAGGGGCAGGCCUGAGAGCGCAGAGAGCAGAGAGCAGAGAGCAGAGCGGAGCAUAGACACCGAGAAGAAUGAGGGUGGCGGUGGUUGGCGGCGGGGUGAGCGGGCUGGCGGCGGCGCAUGAGCUCGCCGCCAGCGGGGGAGACGGCGUGCGAGUGACCCUGUACGAGGAGGAGGCCAGCCUCGGCGGGCACGCCAGGACGGUGGCCGUCGAUGACGGCGCCGGCUGCGUCAAGCUCGACCUCGGCUUCAUGGUCUUCAACCAGGUAACAUAUCCGCAAAUGAUGGAAUGGUUAGAAGGGCUCGGGGUUGAGAUGGAGAGGUCAGACAUGUCUUUCUCUGUGAGCACACAAUCUAAAGGAGGCGGUGGAGGAUGUGAGUGGGGAAAUGGUAACGGUAUAUCGAGCCUCUUGGCGCAAAAAACCAACAUACUGAAACCCAGUUUUUGGCACAUGGUCUGUGAGAUACUCAAGUUCAAGAACAAUGCCCUGACGUACCUGGAGGACCAUGAACGUAACCCUGAUCUGGAUCGUAAUGAGACACUGGGGCAGUUCAUUCAGUCGCAUGGAUAUUCCCUAUCGUUUCAAGAGGCUUAUCUUAUUCCAGUCUGCACAGGCACGUGGUCAUGUUCAUCACAAGAUGUUUUGAGCCUGUCUGCUUUCUUGGUGCUGUCAUUUUGCCGUAACCAUGGCCUUCUUCAGCUGUUUCGUCACUCCCAGUUGCCCACUGUCAAGCCUAGUUCGCAGUCCUAUGUAAACAAGGUAAAAGGAGAAUUGGAGAGCAUUGGCUGUCGAAUUAAAACCAGUUGUCGGGUCAAAUCUGUUUCAAGUCUUGAUGGAGCAGCUGGCUACAGAGUCUUGGAGAAUGAUGGUUCAGUGGAAACAUACGACAGUGUCAUCUUUGGGGUCCAUGCAUCCAAUGCUCUCAAAUUAUUAGGAGCUGAAGCAUCACAUCACGAACGAAGAAUUCUAGGUGCCUGUCAGUAUGUCCAAAGAGAUAUAUACCUCCACUGCGAUCAAAAUUUGAUGCCCCGAAAAUCAGCAGCAUGGAGUGCGUGGAAUUUCCUUGGGACAACUAGUAGGGGUUUUUCUAUUACUUACUGGCUAAACCAAAUUCAGAAAUUUGAAUCGGGCAGGCCUUUCCUGGUGACACUCAAUCCCCCUUGUGUUCCGGAUCAUGUACUACUUAAAUGGAAUACAAGCCUUCCUGUUCCGUCUGUGGCCGCGGCGAAGGCUUAUCUUCAGCUUGAUCAGAUCCAGGGAAAGAGGGGAAUAUGGUUCUGUGGGGCAUAUCAAGGUCAUGGCUUCCAUGAAGACGGAUUAAAGUCUGGGAAAGCAGCGGCUCAAGGUUUGCUUGGAAAGAAAUGUGAGCUUCUGCUGAACCCAAAGAAUAUGAUUCCAUCAUGGAUUGAGGCUGGGGCACGCCUUCUAGUUGCAAGAUUUUUCAACCAAUACAUAUCCAUUGGUAACUUGAUAUUGGUCGAAGAAGGAGGUAGUGUGUUCAGCUUUGGUAAAGCUUGCGACAAAUGCCGUGUAAAAUCUGUCAUCCAAGUUCAUGACCCCUUGUUCUAUUGGAAGGUUGCAAUAGAAGGAGGCAUGGGCUUGGCAGAAUCCUAUAUUGACGGUUGUUUCUCUGUUCUUGACAAGAGAGAAGGCCUUCUAAAUCUUAUCCUGAUUCUCAUUGCUAACAGAGACGAGCGUAGGAACCGCCGCAUUGCCAGAAAAGGGUUUUGGUUGUCACCCUUCCAUGUAAUAGCUCAAUUGGCAUAUGCUAAACACUUUUUGCGCCAGGCAACAAGGAAGAACACUGCAACACAAACUCGUCGAAACAUCUCUGAGCACUAUGAUCUUAGUAACGACUUUUUUUCGCUUUUUCUGGAUAAAUCGAUGACUUACUCCUGUGCAGUUUUCAAGGAGAACGAAAGCUUAGAAGCAGCCCAACAACGUAAACUUAGCCUUCUAAUCAACAAGGCUAAAGUCAAGAGGGAGCAUCAUGUUCUUGAUAUCGGUAGCGGCUGGGGAAGUUUAGCAAUAGAAACAGUUAAGCAAACUGGCUGCAAAUACACUGGAGUCACUUUAUCGGCGGAGCAGCAUAAAUACGCAGAAAGAAAAGUAAGAGAAGCUGGCUUAGAGGACCGCAUAAAUUUUCUGCUGUGCGACUACCGUAAAAUACCACCUUUUAAGUAUGACGCAAUCAUAAGCUGUGGUAUGAUUGAACAUGUUGGCCAUGAAUACAUGGACGAAUUUUUUGCUUGCUGUGAGUCUUACUUGGCUGAAGAUGGGAUAUUGGUCCUCCAGUUCAUCUCAGUUCCAGAGGAACGGUACGAGCAAUACAGAAAAAGGCCAGACUUCAUAAAAGAGUACAUAUUCCCUGGUGGUUGCCUUCCUUCUUUGGCCCGUAUAAUGUCUGCCAUGACCGCGUCAUCAAGGUUCUGCAUAGAGCAUGUCGAGAAUAUUGGGCCCAAUUACUACACAACUCUGAUGCACUGGAGGGACAACUUCAUGGCCAACAGAGACCAAGUUUUGGCCCUGGGCUUUGAUGAAAGGUUCCUCCGUAUAUGGGAGUACUACCUCAUAUUCUCUGCGGCUGGUUUCAAGUCACGAGCAAUUGGAGAUUACCAGGUUGUUUUCUCUCGUCCAGGCAAUCGUCGUCUAGGCCAGCCUUGAUGGCCGGAGACAACAUAUCCUUCUCCGUUCAGCGGCCGAAUGGUUACUUGUCAGUACCGUACGAGAUUUUAAUAAGUCAGUCCUGGAAUGAUUCGCUCAUGCCGGAAUCCUACUCAGGUGGUUUGGUGAUCUAUCUUGUUGUUUAACCAUGCAAUGGUUAGUUUUUCGUGGGAGUGUCUUGUUAUCCAUCAAUUAACUAGAAUUUUGAGAAUUGUAUGUAAGGAACUGGUUUGUUUGCUUUAAUAUCUAUGAGGAAGAGUUGAUGUC